AUUUGUUCUAUGCCUUCAAUUUAUUAGUCCAGCUUGUGCUUCACCUUCAGUUAGGGCUAUACUCAUUUUUUAUUUGAUACAGCUCUAAGUCACAUUCACCACAUCACCAGUCCACUCUCCAAAAUGACGGAGUCCUGCCUUAUAUUGGUAUGUGAAAAUACUUUUGUCUUAUUUAAUUGAGUGAUUGUUCACGUGUUAAUGUUUUUUUUGAUUGUUUUUUUUUGUUUGUUUGUUUCAUAUAUACUUACAUUUGAUCUGAAAAAAUCUUCAUGGGCCUUUAGUUGAAUUUCUGUUGCUGGUUGAGAAGAGGAAUAGAGACAAAUGAGCACAGCAUUUUUUUGUGGUGCAUCUGAUUGUGUUCUGUUUUAUUUUAAAGUUAUUAAUAAUGUCAAGAAAACAUUGAUACAGUUGAGGUUAUUUUUUGUUGCUGCAGGUGUAAAUAAUUUUUCAAACAACAACAUUAAGGGACUAUGCAGGUAUCCCUUAAUGUCAGAAUCAAUGCACUGUAUUUUUCAGUGUCCUUUUUUUACAACUAAUUCCUCUGUUUGGGCGUGUUUUGCAUGUUUUGUUUUAAACUAAUUAAAUAGUACAUUUUCACAGCACAUUUAAUUUACAAGGAAAUGUGAGUACUGCUUAAAGAGAAGAAAAUGCUGGAGAAACUCUGCAUUAAAUCGGAUUUUAUUAUAGAUCAGUGGGGGCGCUGAUGAGCCAUAGCAAUUGUUCAUCUACCUUGAUAAAACGAAGAGUUUUAUCCAAUGCAGCGUUUAAGAUUUUCGGGAAAACUCCUGACAAAGAUUGGAUGUUUUUACUUAACAUGCUUUCCGAAAUGGAACACAUGCAUCAGCGGCUAUAGUUUGCACAUCAUCUUGGUUACUCUUUUUGUUAUUUUACACUGACUGAGCCGACAUCCCCUCAGACAGUGUGUUCUUACACGCAGAAAGCUGAAGAAAGCGCGAUUUUUAUGGGGAUGCUCUGAUUUCGGAGCUUUACCGUGGGUCUCGAACGCACCUGAAGAAGAGAAGGCUACUUAUUAGUUAGCUGGAUAGCGACUGCGGGAAGAUGCAAUUGGCUUUAAGUAAAACAUUUGGCCAGAAGCCAGUCAAAUUUCAGCUAGAACAAGAUGGGGACUUUUACAUGGUGGGGUCGGAGGUUGGAAACUAUCUGCGGAUGUUCAGAGGCUCUCUCUAUAAGAGAUACCCAUCUUUAUGGAGGAGGCUGGCCUCUGUGGAGGAAAGGAAGAAAAUUGUAGCUUCAUCACAUGCUACCAGUGUUACUUUGCUGAAGGCUUCAGAAUGUGAAGAGAUCUUUGAGGGUAAUGAUGAGAAAUACAAGGCGGUGUCCAUCAGCACAGAGCCCCCAGCCUACCUCAGGGAGCAAAAAGCAAAGAGGAGCAGUCAGUGGGUCCCCACACUGCCCAACAGCUCUCACCAUCUAGAUGCUGUGCCUUGUUCAACCACCAUCAACCGUAACCGAAUGGGCCGUGACAAGAAGAGGACCUUCCCCCUGUGCUUUGAUGACCACGACCCUGCAGUCAUCCAUGAGAACGCAGCACAGAUAGAGGCACUGGUUCCCAUUCGUCUAGACAUGGAGAUAGACGGGCAGAAACUACGAGAUGCCUUCACAUGGAACAUGAAUGAGAAACUGAUGACCCCAGAGAUGUUUGCGGAGAUUUUGUGUGAUGACCUGGACCUAAAUCCUCUGGCCUUCGUCCCAGCUAUUGCCUCGGCUAUUCGUCAGCAGAUUGAGUCCUACCCCACUGACAGCAUACUCGAAGAGCAGGCAGACCAGAGAGUAAUCAUCAAGCUGAAUAUCCACGUGGGUAACAUCUCUCUGGUAGACCAGUUUGAGUGGGACAUGUCAGAGAGAGAGAACUCUCCAGAGUCAUUUGCACUGAAGCUGUGUUCUGAGCUGGGCCUAGGCGGAGAGUUUGUCACCACUAUUGCCUACAGCAUUCGAGGUCAGCUCAGCUGGCACCAGAGGACCUACGCCUUCAGUGAGAACCCACUCCCCACAGUAGAGAUUGCCAUCCGCAACACAGGCGAUGCAGACCAGUGGUGCCCUCUGCUGGAGACCCUCACAGAUGCCGAAAUGGAGAAGAAGAUCCGAGACCAAGACAGGAACACGAGGCGCAUGAGACGAUUGGCCAACACCGCCCCUUCCUGGUAGAAAGAAACAAGAAGUUGCAUCAGGCAAUGUGUCCUCUGGAGACUCUUGUUACUCUGGAGUGAUCAAGUAAUUAGAGUGUUACACACACACACACACACACACACACACACACACACACACACACACUUAUCAUUCUUAAAACAUUGACAAAGCAUCUGUGUGGUCAGUCUCCAUGGACACCUCACUGACUGAACAUACAUCCAGACAUUCCUCUGCACACAGUUUACUGUCACCAUGUUUCACUCUCAUUAGCUACUCAGUCAUGGCAGCAGCUCACAUCUAACUAACUAGUGUUUAUUACUGCAGGAGAUUCAUCUGAUAUCUGUUACACACACACAAUACACCAUGCAACACUCACUGUACACCUGUCGGGUGAAAACACUUGUCAUUGUGUUUAAUGUAUCUGUGUGGAUGGUUAGUGAAAUGACGCCCUGAAUCUGUGACCUCACACUAAUCUAGGCAGCAUUUGUAUAAGACUGAAUGGUGCCCAGCAUUUGGUCUGUGCAGCUCUGACAACUACAAGUUUAACAUCUUCAGGUUACUAACAGAGAAAUGACAUUUUCUCUAUCUGUUAUCAUUUGCACCACAGCUGAAAGGCAGAAGUAUCAGAUUAAUUUAGAUCCUGUCCUAACCAGCAUCUAGCAUUGCGAUGCACAGCAGUUUAACCAGUAGGAGAGGGCACACACGGAUGCAGCUAACAUUAAUGGUGGCUCAGAAGAAUGACUAAUUACUUGGAAAAUGUAUUCAUUGUCUAAGUCAUUUCCCAAUCAAAAAUAGUUAAGAAAUGUCAAUCUUUUUAUUUUUAAAGAUUCUAAUGUGAGAGGAACUGCUGCUCUUUUUCCAUAUAUAAUUUUAAACUGAUUCAUUUUGGAUUUUGGACUGUUGUUGCUGAGAUAAAACGAAUUUUUGACGAUAUACCCAUGGUACGGAGUUCCAAAAGGGUCACUAUGCCUACUUCUGAACCUUCUGUGAUGUUGCAUCCACUCACACUGUGGCCAGAGCUAGCAGUGGUCUGUUCCUUAUUAGAGCUGUCAGGAUCCCAAAACUUGAUAGUCGGUACGAAUAAGAUUGACAUUCUGUAAUUCUCUGUACCAGAAAUAAUAAAUUAAUUGACUGCACUUUGUGAACAUUGUGUGUUGAAUAUUGCUACAGCAGAUGCAGCUGCCACCAAUCACAAACCACAACAUUAAUAUUUCCGGAUGUGAACAUUGCAACGACAUGCUGUUAAUAUAAAGUAACAACUGAAACUGUCCCCUUUAGCUCUGUGGACAAAUCUAGAUAUCUGUCUCUGAGCUGCCUAGAUCUCUGCUUAGAUCUGUUUGAUGUGUUUCGUACUUCCACUAAAAAUACAAAAUAUGCCCGUGCUUUUUUUUUUUUUACCCAAGUGUGGGCAGACUUGUUACUGCAACUGCACUUGCCACCACCAUUCCAUUAUUUUUAUUAUACAGUAUCCCUAGUACCCUCUGAAUCCAUUGUACCUUCAUUACCCACAGUGCCAUAGCAAAUAAGGACCAUCACAUUUCCAUAAAUUUGGUAUUAGCUUGGUACUAAAGUACUGGUUCUUGUUACAUAAUACAUAGUAGUAGUGAUAUUGCAGCUCAGUUUACCUCUAUGGAUCAGAGGAAAUGCGGAUGAGGAGGUAAUAUAAAAGAAACUAAACUUCCUGCCAUGAUCUGUUUGACGCUCCAGACCAUUGGCUCAGGUUGGAAUGAACAUUCAUUCACUACUUUUGAGAUUUUAUAUACUUUAAGAAUUCAAACUGGACUUCUAUAUUUUAACGUUGCCAAUAAACAACACUCUGAGCAUUAUGCCUGUAUGUGUGGGUUUUGGAAAGUAGGAUGAGGAGAGCCAAAAAAUAAAGGAUGCUCUAAACAAACAAAGAAAAAAAUGUAAUAACUUCAAAAAUGCAUUAAUUACAUCCAAAUCCUACAUGUAGGUAUUUUAAUAAAUGUUGGUGAUUGGCUGCUUCUCUGUUCUGUGGCUGUUAGUGUGACUGCCUGACACUCCCUGGUAAUAAUACAGUCGUUUACACCAGGACUUCUCACGUUGGCUGCGGUUCAGAUCUGUUAAAUGUUUGCAGCCAAUCAGGACUGAGCUGAUUAGAUUAUAGCAUGUAGACUCUGUUCUGGUCUUUAUUACCGAUUCUGAUCAGUUGCGUGCACCACUGUCCAUCUGCAUGCCGAAACAUAGUUAAUUCAUACUGUACCCUGUGCAUGACGGACUGACUGUCCCCACUGUUACUUCUGUUUGCUCUGUGCCUCACAUUUUAUCAGUGUCAGCACAGUAGAGGGAGAAAACAAGCUGACAAGAACCAAUGGUGUCUUUUAACGUGUUGAUUUUCAACUUGAACAUACUUUAAAGAAUGAUGUUUAUGUAUGUACUGUUGCUUCUCAUUCUCUUCUUUUGUAAAAUUGCUUUACCUUUAUAGUGGAUUGUUUUUUUUAAUAUGAAAAAUAACAAUAAAUAGAACUUGUUGGAAAGAGUC